UCGUUCUCUUUAAGGUUCUCCUGCACCAGUUGAACGUUUCCCGUGUAAUCUGUGUGUGUGUCCCCUCUCCACACCCGCCCCCCUCCCUACCCGGUGUGGAAGACAGACCGGGCGCGGAGGUGAGACGACGCAUGAUGUCGGUUUGGUGAUGUGGCCGCUUUACAGGGGCGCGCACCGGGGACCUUGUAACCGCCUUUCACCGCGGCGGACCGGAGCCGGAGCAGAAGGAGGAGGAGGAGGAGGAGAGAGCCGCGGACGGACGGGCUGAUCGCUAAACGGAGCCCUUCACCCGGAUAUCUUCCACGAAAGAGUUUUUUUUCUUAGGCAGCACGGGGAAUAAGCGCGCUUCACUGUCAUUUCUCUUGGUCUUUCCUGGAAUUUUUUUUUUUUGUCUCUGCGCGCUCGCGUGACGCCGUUUUCCGGGCUCAAUGAACAGGUCGAAAACUUUGAGGAAACAUGUCUGAAGAUACUCGUUCCGUUUUCGUCGCGCGCGUUUGCUGUGUUUGUUGUCAAAAAACGAGGGAAAGCCAAAAGCACGAGGGCGCGCGUGAUCAUCGGUGACAUGAGCGGCGGUCGGAUCCGCGCGGCUGGUUGAUGGCACUGCGCGCCGGCGCGACCUGCAUCGGCCACGUCUUGCGCAGAGUGCCGCGCUUGCACGGCUCGCGUUCGCGGCGCUCCAGCAGCCUGCUGUGCCUCUCUCUGAGCCACGACCGCGACCCGGGGACGCUAGACUGCAAGCGCCCGUGCCAAAGCUUUCCCGACUGCCACUGUCGCCACUGCCCGUACCGCUGCCGCCGCGCACUCCCGGCGGAUCCGCGGGGACAUGAGCCCCACGCGGGCUGGUUCCGGGGCGCCAUGAAGCGGCAGAACGUGCGGACCCUGUCCCUGAUCGUCUGCACGUUCACCUACCUGCUGGUCGGCGCCGCCGUGUUCGACGCGCUCGAGUCGGACUUCGAGAUGCGCGAGAAGGAGCAGCUGCAGGCCGAGGAGAAGCGGCUACAGGGCAAGUACAACAUCAGCGAGGACGACUACCGGAAACUCGAGACUAUCAUCAUGGAGGCCGAGCCACACAGAGCCGGCGUGCAGUGGAAAUUUGCCGGAUCCUUUUACUUCGCCAUCACCGUCAUCACCACCAUCGGUUAUGGCCAUGCAGCUCCAGGAACCGAUGCGGGGAAGGCGUUCUGCAUGUUCUACGCGGUUCUGGGAAUCCCCCUGACGCUAGUGAUGUUCCAGAGCCUGGGUGAGCGCAUGAACACCUUCGUCAAGUACCUGCUGAAGCGCAUCAAGAAGUGCUGCGGGAUGCGCAUCACCGAUGUGUCCAUGGAGAACAUGGUGACGGUCGGGUUCUUCUCGUGCAUGGGAACGCUGUGCAUCGGCGCCGCCGCCUUCUCGCACUACGAGGACUGGAGCUUCUUCCAGUCGUACUACUACUGCUUCAUCACGCUCACCACCAUCGGAUUUGGCGAUUUCGUGGCGCUGCAGAAGAACCGGGCUCUGCAGAGAAAACCUUUGUAUGUGGCCUUCAGCUUUAUGUACAUCCUGGUGGGGCUGACCGUCAUCGGAGCCUUCCUCAACCUGGUGGUGCUGCGCUUCCUCACCAUGAACAGCGAAGACGAGCGGCGGGAUGCCGAGGAACGGGCCUCGUUGGCUGGAAACAGGAGCAGCGUCAUUGUUCAUGUCCAGGAAGAUGUGAUGCCCGGUCGGAUCCACCAAAGGAGGCGAAAUCGGGACCAGUACAGAUCAGAAGUCGCCGAUCUGCAGUCGGUCUGCUCCUGCAUGCAGUAUCACUCGCACGAUUUCGGCAGCUCGGCAAUGCUGGCGGGAGAAGGAGGAGGAAGAGGGGGGUUGGGGUUGGGAGGAAGGCCGUUCGCGCACCAGAACUCCUUCACGUGCCAGCCGAGAUACUUCCACUCGCCGGUGACGUACCACAUCGAGGAGAUUUCACCGAGCGCGCUGAAGAACAGCUUCCUGCCCUCCCCUAUCAGCUCCGUUUCCCCCGGCUUGCACAGCUUCACGGACAAUUCGCGCCUGAUGAGGAGACGCAAGUCCAUCUGAACAGGAAAUCUCCCCGGGGCAACGGACCACGCCCACACACUCUUCCUGAUUUUCAAUAACCAGGGUAUUUAUUCAGAAACACACACACACACACACAAUAAAGCUGCUCCUUAACCAAAAUCUCAUUUUUUCCACUCUUCUCAGUUGAUGUUUGGUUCUCAUGAUGAGAUGUGUGCCCCAGGCUAAUAUAUUAUUAUAAUAUACAGGGAGCGUAAAUAGGGGAUGAAAUCCGAUCAAACUCAAUGAGUCUCUUAAUAAAGGAUGAAAAGCAUGAAGCAUGGAAUUUUAUUUUUCCUCAGAAACUCAUUUAUCUGUACACUCUACAUUAGCGGGCUGCUGUUUGGCCUUUUUGUUUUGAGCAACUCCAAGAAACCAGGCUCGAAUUUUACGGCCUGACCUUCUUAUCACACCAGACGAUGCACACUCGAGCUUCAGCUACAGUACAGAGGGAGAGAUUAUUUUUUACAGGGAGAGAAAAAAUUAUUAUGUUUUAUCUCUAGAGAUGUCUUCACGUUGAGGGGAAUCUCAAGUGCCACACACCACUGAAUGAGAAAAAAAAAAAAAAAAUUGUUCGGACUAUCGGGACUUACUUUUGAGGACGAUUUUCUUUUUCUAUUAUAUUUAGAAAAAUAUGAAGAUGAGACACUGAUUUAUUUAAAUAAAUGCCAUGCCAAAAUAUUAUUGUCAAUCCUAGCAUGUGCAUUAGUUGUCAUUUGAUGUGUGUUCCAUCAUUGUUUUUUUUUUUCUGUUUUUUUUUUUUCUCGUUAGUUUUAUUUUUUUUUUUUUCCGUUUGUUUUUCUUAUUUAAAUGCCAUUUCCUAGAGGGAGGUUUUGUAAAAAUGUAUGUAUAUGUAGUUUUCCAGCUGUGUAAUAUACAGAGGUGAUUUGGAAAAAGAGCGAAAGGAGAGAGAAGUCUUCAGGCUUUGCCUGUUCAAUAAAAAGUUAAUAAUUUGCAUGUGCUUUGUUAAAACUGGUA